AUGAAGUCCAACGAGAUACCAUACCUUGAUUACUUUGACCAAAUUGUGGAAGGGAAGAAGAGGAUUGGACCACCACAAACAAGCGAUUGGGAUGCAGUCGCUGCUCACAAAAUCUACAAUGAGAUAGUCACCAUUACUAGAAACAUUAGUCUGGUAGGUGAUCAUUCAGGGCCUGAUGAAGAGUUGAAGUAUAAACCUUUGACUAAGUUAGGGAAAUUGAAGAAGUAUUGGAAUCCGUUUUAUGUGCCAAAGCCUGCUGAUAGAUCCAAAAAUUGUGUGAUGAAUAAGCUGGUGAUUGUGGCAAGUAUCUUUGACCCGAGGAAGAAGAUGCAGUUUGCUCUCCUGUGCUUUGACAUGCUUUAUGGGAAAGACAGCCUCGAGUAUAAGCUUCUUCAUGAGAAGGUUUUAGGUAUCUUGAGACAGUUGUUCGAUGAGUAUAGUACACUAACUAGCAAGAGUACUACUAGUGGUGUGUCUAACUCUCAAGGAAAGAGAGCAUCGUCUUCUCACUCUCAAGAUGAAGUUAAAGCUGAAGUUUGCAGGGAAAAGACUUUCGCAAAUGGGUUAGGCUAUGAGAGAAUGGAUAAUUUAUUUGAGGAGCGUUUGCAGCAAGCAUGA